AGAAGAAAGAAGAAGAAGAAGGAAGCUAUGCGGCGCCAUAUUUAAUACCUCAGAUGCUAGCAGUCUUUAGCUCUAUGCUGACAGAAACCUUUAACUGGACCCGAUUCAACAAGCCCUUGUUUUACUCCAAAAUGAAUGUAGUGGACCAUGUUCGGGAUAUGGCUGCAACCGGCCUUUAUUCUAACGUCCGCUUAUUAAGCAGUUUGUUACUGACGAUGAGUAAUAACAACCCAGACCUUUUCUCACCAGCCCAGAAGUACCAGCUGUUGGUUUACCAUGCUGAUGCAAUCUUCUAUGAUAAGGAAUACCGUAAUGCUGCUUGUAAAUACAGCAUGGCACUUCAACAGAAGAAGGUGCUCAACAAAACAUCUAAAGUUCGAACCUCUACUGGUGGAGCUGCAGCCAACAUCCAGGCACAGGGCAUGCCAUCAGAAAUAGAGGUGAAAUAUAAGAUAGCUGAAUGUUACACCAUUUUGAAACUGGACAAAGAUGCUAUUGCUGUGCUUGAUGGAAUUCCAUCAAGACAAAGGACUCCAAAGAUCAACAUGAUGCUGGCAAACCUUUACAAGAAAGCUGGUCAGGAACGUUCUGCCGUGACAAGCUACAAAGAAGUGCUCAGACAGUGUCCGCUUGCUUUGGACGCAAUAAUCGGUCUUCUUUCUCUGUCAGUUAAAGGAGCAGAGGUGGCCUCAAUGACUAUGGAUGUGAUCCAGAGUCUCCCUAAUUUGGACUGGCUGUCUGUGUGGAUCAAAGCAUAUGCCUUUAUACACGCAGGGGACAAUCAAAGAGCCAUCAACACUAUUUGUUCUUUGGAGAAAAAGUCUCUGCUGCGAGACAAUGUUGAUCUUCUGGUCAGCCUGGCAGAUGUCCAUUUCAGGGCAGGUGAUACAAAAAAUGCCAUUCUUAAAUUUGAGCAAGCUCAGAUGCUGGAUCCUUACCUCAUCAAAGGAAUGGAUGUCUAUGGCUAUUUGAUGGCCCGGGAGGGACACCUGGAAGAUGUUGAGGUGCUUGGAGGGAGAUUAUUUAAUAUUUCUGACCAGCAUGCUGAACCUUGGGUGAUCUCUGGCUGCCACAGCUUUUAUAGCAAGCGCUAUUCCAGAGCCCUCUACCUGGGUGCUAAAGCCAUCCAACUGAACAGCAACAGUGUGCAAGCCCUCCUACUCAAGGGCGCUGCCCUGAGAAAUAUGGGCCGAGUCCAGGAAGCCAUCAUCCAUUUCAGGGAGGCCAUGCGGUUAGCCCCAUGCAGACUUGACUGCUAUGAAGGUCUGAUCGACUGUUAUCUGGCCUCAAAUGGGAUUCGAGAAGCUAUGGGAAUGGCAAACAAUAUCUAUAAGACUCUUGGGGCAAAUGCACAGACCCUUACCAUUCUAGCCACUGUUUGUCUGGAAGACCCUGUGACACAAGAGAAGGCCAAAGCUCUGCUUGAUAAAGCUCUCGCUCAGAGACCAGACUACACCAAGGCUGUGGUAAAAAAGGCUGAACUGCUAAAUCGGGAACAGAAAUAUGAGGAAGGGAUUGCUCUUCUACGGAAUGCCCUGGCCAAUCAGAGUGACUGCGUCCUGCAUAGAAUGCUGGGAGAUUUUCUGGUCGCUGUCAAUGAUUAUCAAGAGGCUAUGGACCAGUACAGCAUAGCAUUGAGCUUGGAUCCUAAUGACCAGAAGUCUUUAGAGGGCAUGCAAAAGAUGGAGAAAGAAGAGAGUCCCACAGACGCCACAGUGGAACUAGAUGGUGAUGACAUGGAGGGCAGUGGGGAGGAAGGAGAUUUGGAGGGUAGUGACAGUGAAGCUGCUCAAUGGGCUGAUCAGGAACAGUGGUUUGGGAUGCAAUGACCCACACCUUAGCCCACCGCAAGCCUACAGCCACUGUUCCAUGUAAACAGACCUCCAUUCUGGUGGCACCUGGAAGUUACAUAGCAAAACAUUCUUAGAUGAUCCUGGUUUGGAAAGCCUAAGAAGGGAUUUUCCAGAGACUAACCAUCAAAUGUUAGGUUUCUGUUACUUUAUGGAAUAGCUACCCAUCUGUUUUGAUAUUCAGCUUAACGCGCUCUGCGUUAAGUUAAAUUUCCUUUUUCUGCUAACAUCACCAGCUUUAUUCUGAUCUCACUAUUGCUUCAUUUACCUGUAUCAGUCACUGCAUCUAGGCAGUUGGCAUCCACUGACAUAAGGAAAAAGAAAACAGAUUUUUUUGGUUUGUAGAAAGACAUUUCAAGGGGGAAAAAUGCCCUUGUCCUUUACUUUUAAAAUUAUCUUUUCUGUACCACCUGAUCUGUUUGCUUUAAACUGUUCUGUAUAAAGAUGCUUUCAGGUAAACAAACACGUGACAGCAGUUGGAUUUAUUCCCCUACAGCUGUGUAAAUGACGGACAGAAACAAAACAUUUAUGAUGCAAAUGCAAUUUGUGUUUGUGUAAGACUUGAUGUCCACCGUGUCACACCACAAAAAUGUGAAAAUGACUGGACUUUGUUCAACAUUUGGUGUUUAAUAAAGACUUGAACUCACUAAAUUGUAAAGUGUCACUGAACAUUUAUAAGUAAAACGCUUAUAUUUUAUACAUAUUUUAAUAAAUGUAUAAUAAAUU